AUGGCCUACACCCUCUCACGCCUCGCCCUGGCCAAACGCCUCUUCCUCAAACCCAAGACCCCAACUGCCCCAUCCUCCACCCCUCAACACCAAUACUCUCUGCGCAAACGCUCCGCCCAACCCCCCCUCACCUCGUUCCUCGACGAAGACGACACCGACGACUACGACCCCAAGGUCGAGCGGGCGUUGCUACGACGAAAGCGCAUCUGCAAACCACCCAAAGGCUCGGUCUCACGGAGUCUGAUCGUGAAGUUGCAGAUGGCGUCGGAAGACGCGAAGGGCUUUUUGGCCUCGUUUCCUUUGUCGCAGGAUGAUGACGAUCAGAAUGAGAUGACGACUGGGAUGGACUUUGAUGGUGAUGCACCUCCCAUCCCCAUCCCCACGCCCACGUACCCCCUCCUCCGAACAAUCACCACCUCCCUCCCCCACCCCAUCGACCCCUUCUACCUCCCCCCAGAAGACGGCACCCUCCCCUGCCACUUCUGCAGCAGCCCCAGCUACGGCAUCCUAGGCCUGGGGCCGCGCUGCAUCGAAAUAUUGGAUUACGGCAACGGCCACUGGCUAGAGAUCGGGGGCGCCGAGGCCAACGCCCACGCGCCGAGUCGGAUGUGCGUGACCUGCGCAUUAGAACGGGUUCACAUCGUUGAGUGUAAGCGACAUCACAUCGUACCGUUGAAGGGGUGGAGGGUCGAGGGAUUUGAUUUCGAGGCUGCGUAUAGGUCUUUGCCGAACAACCCAUGGUGUUCGCUGUGUCCCAACCCGGCGUUUUUCGGGUGUGCGGCGAGACAGACCGGAAACGUUUAUUUGGAACCCGUGGACGGAGAGGUGGGGUGCGGGCUGCUGCUUUGCGAGAGCUGCGAGGUGUGGAUGCGCGUGUUGAAGGGGGAUUUGAAGGCCGUGGUGGAUAGGAAUCAGAUCGAAGAUCCGCUGGAUGGGUGUCGGGCUGAUGUGGAGUUUUUGAUGCCGGGGAAUUGGUUGUGGGGGAGAAUCAGGUUCAGACAGGUAUCGGGAUUAUCUCAUUAA